AACACAUGCACCAUCCGUAUUGUUCCAUGCAUAUUAGAUACCGUAUGAAUUUCCUACCCUGGAUUGUUUUGUGUGAUAUAUUUAUUCAAUCAUAUAGGCUACAAUUUGCUUCCAUUUAAGUCAAUUUUGCCCACAUGCUUUUCUAAGAUGGAUAGCACCGCAAAUUCUUCUACAAAUCCUGGUAGCCGUUCAGUCCAACGCGGUCGUGGGCGCCCCCGUCGUCAGUCACAACCAGUUGUCAUACCUGAAAUAAACCAAUUUGCUUCUUUCGAUAACCACCGCCGACGUACACAACUUAUAAAUAGAGGUUAGUUAGGAUAUUUGUGUUCCUUAUAUAUGUUUCCAUCAACAUAUGCUUCCCAUCAACUAGCAAAAACAUCUACAGAUGAACGUUCAGUAUGCUGAGUAUUAACCGGAGAGUCCUCUACGUCAGCUUCCCAAACACCAAAUUUGGCAUUAAUCCAUAAUCGUAAGCUCGUAUUAUUUACCAAAUUAGUGUAUUGCAGAUUGAAGUCUCCAUUUUGUACAAAUUAAGAUAAAUAUACAUGGCCUAUCUUUCAGGAACUAUCUUUCAACCCUUAAACCUUGGGGGGGGGGGGAGGGGGGCACACAUUCAUGCAAACAUUGUGGUUCUUUGUUUUGGUAUGAAGAGCAUAUCUGCAGAGAGAGACAUACUUCCGAUCCAACAUAUAAUUUUUGUUGUAAAGGAGGGAAAAUCUUGCUGAAACCAUAUGAUCCUCCUGCUCAGCCUCUAUUGGAUUUAUUAACCUCACAGAACACUUCAACUUCGAACCACUUUUUUGAUCAUAUCUGGCAGUAUAAUACCAUGUUUGCGAUGACUUCAAUGGGUGCUAAAGUUAUUGAAUCCAUAAAUGAUGGCCGAGCACCCUAUGUUUUCAAGAUUAGUGGUCAAGUCUGCCAUCGUAUCGGUUCUCUAAUGCGACCUGAGAAUCAUCGACCAGAAUAUGCACAAUUGUACAUCUAUGAUACAGAGCAUGAGGUUAGAAACCACAUAAAUAUUACUGCAUCUUCUCGCCCUUCAUCAUCUCGGUCUUCGUCUAUCCGCCCUUCUUUCAAUGCUAAUCACGAUAUUGUCCAGUCCCUUAUAUCAAUGCUUAACACCCAUAAUCCCAUAGUGAAACUAUUUAGAACAGCACGGGAAAGAUUGACUGCAGAUGCUCCUGAUCAGUUCUUUAUCAGAUUAUAUGGCAAACCUGACACACAUGGAGACAUCUAUAGUGCUCCAGUCGCAUCUGAGGUUGUAGGGCUGGUUGUUGGUGAUAUUGGGUCAACUGAUGUUGGGCGGGACAUUAUAAUAGAUAACCGUUCAUCAGGAUUACAACAAAUCAAUGAAAAACAUUGCAAGUUUAUGGCUAUGCAGUAUCCUCUAUUAUUUGGAGAGGAUGGUUACCAUGAUGACCUCAUGUACCGCACCUCGCCACAAAGUCAAGCUAUAAGCCGUCAGAAAGUAACUAUGCUAGAGUACUAUGCAUAUAGACUAGAUGAUAGACCAGGUGAUUUCAACACGCCAUUGAGAGGUAAAAGAUUGACACAGGCUUAUGAAGUGGAUGGUUAUUGUUGUGUUGAAGAAUUUUGUAUGGCAUUCUAUCACAAGCCUGGAUUUCAGAAUAAAUAUAGAUCAUCACCAUAUAAUGACUUGGCCAAUUCUGUCUCAAGAGGUAAUACAUCCGGUUCUUUAGUUGGUCAAAGGAUUAUAUUGGCAUCUUCAUUCACCAGAGGCCCGCGAUAUAUGUACCAAAAUUAUCAAGAUUCCAUCGCUAUAUGUAGGAAAUAUGGCUGCCCAGAUCUCUUUGUCACAUUCACUUCAAAUGCAGCUUGGCCUGAGAUAGUAGAGGCUCUAUCAUCCAUUCCAGGGUAACAACCUUCUGACCGUCCAGAUAUUGUCAAUAGGGUAUUCAAAAUGAAGCUAAAUAUGCUAAUGGAUGAUAUUAAAAAGAAACAAUUCUUUGGACCAAUGAAUGCAGGUAAUUUGUCUCCCCCACAACAUUAAUUGAUUUCAUGUUGCCCGAAUCCAACAUUUCCUUUACGUAAAUAACAUGCCUGUCUUUUGUAGUUAUCUACACCAUUGAAUUUCAGAAACGUGGACUUCCUCAUGUCCAUAUCAUCAUAUGGUUAUCCAAAGAUGAACCCUUAGAUGCGAAAAAGAUAGACUUUCUUAUUUCGGCUCAGUUGUCAGAUCCUAAAAAAUGAUCCAAUAGGUUAUGAUGUUGUAUCGUCAUUCAUGAUACAUGGGCCCUGUGGAAAUCUAAAUACUAAAUCUUCCUGUAUGUCUGAAGGAAAAUGCACAAAAUUCUAUCCUAAAGAUUUCUGUGAGCAAACAACUAUAUUGGAGAAUGGUUUCACACAAUAUGCAAGGCCAAACAAUGGAAUAACUGUCAACAAAAAUGGAGUUGACAUUGAUAACAGAUUUGUUGUUCCUCACAAUGUCAACUUGGUAGUUAAAUAUCAAGCUCACAUAAAUGUAGAGAAGGUUAAUCAUGAUGGCAUGCACAAAUAUCUUUUCAAGUAUGUCACAAAAGGAUUUGAUUCUACCAGAUCUAAAAUCCAUUCAAAUUAUGGAUCAUCCAAUUUAUCAAGUGAAACAGUCAAUGAAAUAGAAAUUAUCUAGAAUGUCGUUGUAUCACACCAAAUGAGGCUGCUUGGCACUUGCUAGAGUAUGAUAUUCACUAUGCAGACCCUUCCAUAGAAAGACUUCCAGUUCAUCUUCCAUUUGAGAAUAAUGUAAUUUACUCAGAAGAUGAUGACCUUGAAGAAGUGAUUGAAAAUCCAAGGAAUAUGACGACUAAGCUGACUGCAUGGUUAGAAGCUAAUAUGCAACACCCUCUGGCUAAAAAAUAUACCUACAUAGAAUUUCCUGAAUAUUUUACAUGGCACUCCAACUCAAAUGGCAAAUACUGGGAUUAUCGUCGUGGUUCUAGAAGAAUCGGCAGAAUUGCUUAUGUCAACCCUUCCCAAGGGGACCUUCACUAUCUACGUUUGUUGCUCAACAUUGUCAAAGGUCCAACCUCCUUCACUCAAAUCAGAACUAUAAAUGGCCAUGAAUAUCCUACAUUUCGUGUUGCAUGUGAGGCUUUAGGUCUCCUUGGUGAUGAUGAAGAAUGAUCCAAUGCCGUAAAAGAUGCCGCUCAAUGGGCCAUGCCUUACCAGUUACGCCAACUAUUUGUCACAGUUUUGCUCUUUUGUGAGGUAACAAAUCCUAGAAAUUUUUUUGAUGACCAUGCGUCAAAAUGUCUGAAGAUGCAGCCCAUCAAUUGAGUCAGAACCGUGCUCAAGCUAGAAAUCCCUUAGCCGAUAUAUAUAUUUCAUCAUAUUUUUUGAAUGAAUUGGAUAAAUUGCUAAGAGAUGCAGGAUAUUGUUUAUCCCAUUUUAAUUUGCCGCUACCUAAUGACACUGCUAAUAUUUCUGGACAAAAUAGGCUACUACUAGAUGAGCUCAAUUAUGAUGUGCCUGCUAUGAUUUCCACUUUAAAUGACAACCUUUCAAUGUUGAACAACAACCAGAAAGAUGUUUUUGAUGCUAUUUACAAUUUUGUGAUGAAUGGUGAAGGUAAAACAUUUUUUGUUUAUGGAUAUGGAGGAACUGGAAAAACUUUCUUAUGGACUACUUUGCUUAGUUUUGUAAGAAGCAACGGGAAAAUUGCAUUAGCAGUUGCAUCAUCGGGAAUUGCUUCCCUACUGCUACCAGGGGGUCGAAGCCCCCAUUCCCAUUUUAAAAUUCCUUUAGACAUUUCUCAGAGUUCCAUGUAUAGUAUAAAGAAAAAUACACACUUGGCAGAACUUAUCCAAAAAACUUCUCUUAUUGUAUGGGAUGAGGCCCCUGUUAAUCAUAGAUAUUGUUUUGAAGCAUUGGACCAUACACUUAGAGAUAUAUUAUCAGAAACAAGGCAAAAUGCAGAAAACAAGCAAUUUGGUGGUAUAACUGUUGUGCUUGGUGGAGAUUUUCGACAAACACUUCUAGUAAUACAAAAUGCAACAAAAGCCCAAAUUAUGAGGUUAUGCAUUGUUAAUUCUUAUUUAUGGAGACAAUGUAAGCUUCUCCAGUUAACUGAAAAUAUGAGGCUGAAGUCAGGAAAUCUCUCCACCUCAGACAGAGAGGAGCUAAGUAAUUUUGCUGAAUGGCUUCUUAGGGUGGGCAAUGGAACAUAACCUAUUGUUUCUGUCCCAAAUGAUUCCAGUAACUCAUUUAUAGAGAUUCCAGAGUCUUUGCUUCUAUCAUCAGAUUGUAGGAACCUUGAUGGAUUGAUAUCAUUUGUCUAUGACUUAGGUUCUGAGCCAGCAAAUAUUUCAUCAUAUUUGUGUCAACGUGCAAUUUUAGCACCUACAAAUGAGGUGGUUUCAGAUAUAAAUACCAGAAUGAUUGCUCAGCUAAAAAUGUCUGAAAUGUCUUACUAUAGUUCUGAUUCAAUUAACGAUAGCACUGCUAAUCAUUCCACUCUUGAAGCAUUAUACCCAACAGAGUUUCUAAACACAACUCCGAUGCCCGGACUUCCUGACCAUAAGUUGCACUUGAAGAUUGGUGUUCCAAUUAUGCUUUUGCGCAAUCUUGAUCCAUCAAGGGGACUUUGUAAUGGUACUAGGCUGAUUGUCACCCAAUUGACAAAUCGUGUGAUUGAAGGUGAAAUCACAACAGGGAAGGCUACAGGUUCAAAAGUAUAUAUCCCACGCAUUGUCACAACAUCAACUCACUCAAGGUGCCCUUCAAAUUGAGACGACGCCAGUUUCCCGUGCGCCUUUCGUAUGCAAUGACCAUAAACAAGAGUCAAGGGCAAAUCUUAAAUAGAGUUGGAGUCUAUUUGCCAUCUCCAGUGUUCUCUCAUGGUCAAUUAUAUGUAGCAUUUUCCAUAGUUACUUCACCAAAGGGGUUGAGAGUUCUAAUCGAAAAUAGUCCAGCUUCUUAUGAGAAUUGCACCCAUAAUGUAGUCUAUGCUGAAUUUUUUAGUCAAAUUAAUAGACUAUGAAACUGAAUAAAGGAAUUUCCUACAUUCAAGUGUGUUUACCCUACAUAAUUAUUUCUCCAUUUAAUACAUCAUUAUUAUGCAAUUACUUGCUUCCCUUUCAGGAAUAUUACAUCAAUGGAAUCCACUACAGCCCUUAAAACCAUGACUCUUGGUCAACAGGGUUGUAAGGUAUUUGGACGACUCUUACGCCUAUGGGAUGCAAUAAACAUGAAAUCCAAGUUUGCAGAUCCUCUCAUCAGCAUUGAUGGUGUCCUUUUAGAUGAAGAUGGCAAUAUGGCGCAAAUCAGUGUACCCAAAAAAUUUCAAAGACAAUUCCGCCCCUUACUCACAGAAGGACAUGUCUACAUCUUACGAUAUUGCAGCUGUUGAUAUAAAAAACAAAACCCAUAUAUAUCACCACCAAAACUAUAUGUUGCAAUUCAAGCACAACACUAAGGUUCACCGACUUGAAACCAGAGGAACAAAUAUACCAAAGUUUUCCUUCAAUUUUUGUCCAUUUGAUAAUCUACCAGAAAAAGAUACUUUUGCAAAACCACUUCAAGAUAUAAUAGGAGUCAUUAGCCAUUUGAUUAUGCAAGUCAGACAUGUACAAAUUAACUCAGGAAAAUCAAAAUUCAAAACCUAGAUGAACAGACACAAGAAAUACGUCUUUGGGGCCACCAUGGUGAAACAUUUGAUGAAGAAGCUGUACUAAAAAAAUCACAAGAAGGCAUUAUAGUUGGCAUUUUUGCGGGUCUCACAGCUUGGAGCUUUCUAGGUGCCAUGCAUGCAUCCUCAACCUCUGUAACAAAAGUUUACAUUGACUUGGAUACAUCUCAAGUUAAAAACUACCAAACCAGCUAUAAAUGGGAAUCUCCGGCUCUGCGACAACAACUACCUCAGGUUAUGCAUUUAUCUCCUAUUCAAGCAGCAGGGAAAAUGUACACACUUCAACAAAUAUCAGAUAUGCCCACCUCAAAUUUUCAGGAAGGAGCUACCUACAACACCAUUGCGAAAGUUAAAUCUAUUGUACCUUCAACUAAAUGGUACUACAAAGGAUGCAAACAUUGUGACAGAGGAUACAACAACAACUCAGAUACUCCAACAUGCAUUUGCACAAAUUCAUCUCCAAAGCCAUUGUACAAGCUACCAAUUACACUUACAGAUGACUCGGGAGAUUUAGAUGCCAUUGCUUUCUCUAAAAUUGCUGAAUAACUGGUUGAGCGAGAUGCCAUCCAAGCUUCUCAAAACAUGAAAGUUUAUACCGCGGAACAUGUGACCGCCCUAGAUAAUGCCAUUGGGAAAACCAGAUUGUUCUAUAUAGGAAUGAAGAUUGAUUUGGUAUCCAGAUUCCCCAUAAGUUAUGUCAUAAAGAAAAGCUUCCCAGUUGACAAUGCACAAAUGCUGCCCUCUACAAAGUCAACUCCAAGCAAAGAACUGGAGAAGAGUCCAGCGUCAUCAAAGAGCAUCCAGAGUCCGGGGAGCCAAAACACAAGUCCACUUGGGCAAUACUAUGCCUCCUGCUUGCCAAUCUGCAACUAUGGACACCGACAAAAACAUAAAUAGGUACUCUUCAGCGAAAAGAAGCAUCCAAUUUACAGAAGAUGGAGCCACCAACAAAGAGGGUCAACAACAGGAACAUCUUCAGGAUACACAAGUGCAUCUCCAGGUUGUCAAAAAGCAUAAACAAGAAUAACAAUGUGAAAAUGAACAAAUGUGAAGGACAAGAGGAUAACGGUAAUAAAAACACAUAGUGUUGUUCUAUUAACAUGUAGGGCACCGUCAACAACCAUGCAAGGACCAAGGAAUCUUCAAGACGCACGAAAAGCACCUACGGAUUGCACCACCUUCCAUUGAAAAUUACCUCCAAAACUAACAUUACAACUACUUCAUGAUCAGCCUAAGCAUGUCAUCAGAUAUCGACUAAUUUUAUGUAAUAAGUCUGAAUUAUGAAAUCUUUGGAUUUGUAUGCACUUUUAUUAAGCUGAUUAUGUCAGUUUUGCUUCCAACUGGUGUCAAUACUUUUCCUUACAAUU